ACAGCUUCAUAAUUUAGUAAAACAAUUAGGCAGGCUUCGAAAUGUCUACUGUAGAAAUAGAUUAUAGUAAGCAUGCAGCAGUAAUUAAUUUGCAAAAUUAUUUGAGAGUGAAGUGCGUACAUCCAGACGUUAAUUAUGAUGACACAAUCAACUUUCUUACGGCCCAAGCGACGGCCAUGGGCUUGCCUCAAAAGCAUGUUUUAUCACCAAACAACCCAGUGCUGCUGAUCACCUGGGAAGGUCUGCAGCCAGAGUUACCGUCUAUACUGCUCAACUCGCAUAUGGAUACCGUACCAGUGGAGGGAACUUGGAAACACGCUCCAUUCGCAGCAGAGAUAGAAGAUGGCAAUAUCUACGGACGCGGCACACAGGACAUGAAAUCCGCCUCCAUCCAACACCUGGAGGCAGUGAGGGCGCUCAUUGCCAAGGGGAAGCGUCUCAAGAGAACGGUUCAUCUCUCAUUCGUGCCAGAUGAAGAAAAAGGUGGCGAACGAGGUAUGCGAGAGUUUGUGAAGACCGAAGCCUUCCGGAGCCUUAACGUGGGGUUCGCACUAGACGAGGGACUGGCCAACGCUGGCGAAGAGUACCUGGUCUUCAGCGGGGAGAAGACCAAGUGGCAAAUGAAAAUAGUGUGCACUGGAAAAGCGGGGCAUGGGUCUAUGUUCCUUCCAGACAACAGCGGCGAAAAGGUGCGGCACAUUAUCAACAGAUUUAUGGAGCUACGGGACAAAUACCGCCAGCAACUGGUUGACGACGCAAGCCUUACCAUCGGUGACGUUACCACCAUCAACCUCACCAAACUAGAAGGAGGAGUUCUUACUAACAUUGUGCCAGAGAAGUUCACAGCCACCUUCGAUAUCCGGCUAGCCACAACGGUCAACCACGAAUUAUUUGAAAACAUGAUAAACAGGUGGUGCAAAGAAGCUGGUAGCGGAGUAACCAUCGAAUUCGAGUCCAAAGACCCGUACACACCACCCACCAGAAUGGACAACAGUAACGCCUACUGGGUCGCCAUGAAAGGAUCCAUUGAGAACAUGGGAAUUUCGAUAACACAGCGCACAUUGCCCGCCACGUCUGACGCGCGGUUCCUGCGCUCACAUUGCCCGGUGCUCAAUUUUACGCCCAUGAGGCGGGUGCCACCGAUGCCUCAUCAGACUGAUGAGCGACUACCGCUACAGGUGUUUGUGGAGGGGAUACAAGUAUAUGAGAAUAUCUUACAAGCUGUUGGUAACGUUCAAUAAACGUAUUUCAUCCAAA